UGCUUCAUUGAGCUAAUGUUUAAUGCAGCUUCUGGGAACUUAUUCCUGAGAUAAACUGCCAGUUUCUGGGUGUAACCGAGCCUGAGGAAUCAGCAGAUCUAUCACUGGGUAAUUCCCACUUGCCGACAAGUACAAACUUAUUGUGAAAUAUCUUGCCUCGGUAUAAAGCAAACAAAGUGAAAGUACAAGAGAGAAUCAGAAACGAUGGAUGUGGAUCAGCUUAGAGAAUAUAUCCGAUCAUUCAGCCUUAAUGAAUGCCCACUGGGGAACCAGGGCUACAAUCGCAUUCUCCUUCAAGUCUUUGGGUUCCUGGGGCACGGCAAGUCUUCUCUCAUCAACUCCUGUAAAUAUGCUCUGCUGGAUACAGAGUUCAAAAAGCAUGCGGAGGCUGCAGCCAAUGACGGUGGCCUGACCAUGGAAAGAAAGACCUAUCCCCUUACAGGGACAAUCAUAAUGGUGGAUAAUAGAGGAUGUGCCAUGAUAAAUGCCUUUGAGAUGGCGGAAAUCUACGCUCAGCUGUGUAACUUUGUGCCACUGGAACAGAGAGUAGAAUGGAACAAGAAUUAUGAGGACAUGAUGUUCCGUGUGGAGGAUGAUGACGUGGAUCCAAAUUUUACAGAUUUCAUUGUUCCAAUAUUUGUCUACAGUGUCAGGAAAGAAAUAACUGCCGCAGAAAUAGAAGAAAUUAAACCUUUUCUUAAAAACUGCCGAGACCUUACAGGAAUAUUUCCCAUCAUUGUCCUCACAAACAAGACCAGUGGUGAUAUUGCCAAGCUGCGCAAUAUAUUUGAAGGCAUGGGGGCAGAGGAGAUACUGGCAGUGGAGAAUUAUACAGACGAGGACCAUUUUAAAACACGUGGGAGACACACACUGUUCCUGGAACUGAUCCAUAAAGCUCUGAAAGACGUGAACUUUUGUAUGAAAGACCAGAGGAACCCAAAAAAGGAGAGAGCACAACGCAAAAAAUUUCUUCUGAAAUACGUGCACGAAAGGGAUAAGAAUCAACCACCGAGUCAAUAAUAACAACAAUAACUGCCAGAAGUCAGCAGAGUUAACAAAUGCCUUAUACUAUAAUGUUUCUUCAGUGUUAGGAGAUUUACUAACUUUGUAAAAAAAUUCUAGACCUUUUUCCACUUUUUUUCAGAAAAUACAUAAACUACUGUUUGUGCAAAUACAGGAAUGGGAUCUAUUAUAUUCUCCUGAACACUUUGACGCCAUUGGGAGCCAGCUUUUUACAUUUGUCUUUGCCCUAAAAAUGCAAUUCAGUAAUCAUCAAGAUACUGGGGCAUAUUUAUCACAUAUAUUACCUAUAGCAACCAAUCAGUGAUUAGCUUUUUAAAGCCAGCUGCAAGUAG